AUGGCACAAGUCCCAACGCCACCACUGUCUCGCGAAGUCUCCGUGGAGCCCGUCAAAGUAGCUAAAUAUAUCGCGACCGAUAAAGUGCAAGAACUCGACAAUCUUCUCGAACGAUAUCUUCAGUUGAUUGAUAAUUACCAAGCUCUACAAAAGAAACUUGGGAAGAACUUAUCCUCGGGAUUUUUUUCACUUACACAUGCCAACUACUGCUCGCCUAGUCGACGGUUUGGCGAAGAUUUCUAUGAUGAGCGCAUGAAGGCGACACGAAGAUUACACAUUACGACCCAGGAGUGGCAAGACCUGCAGGCAAAAACAAAGCAGCCAUUGGGAGAACAAAUCGAAAUCAACGUAGAAUACAAUUCGAUUCUACCCAAAGAUGAAGACAAGGGCACCACUCAGGAAUCCGACAAGACGACUCUUGAAUCUGAAAAAGCCAACGGAGAACACGAAACUUUAGAGACCGAGGACGAAGGCCAGGAUACAAGGACCACAACUCCUCCAACAUUACCGGAAAACCAAGAUUCCAAAGAAAACCCUGCUGAAGAAAUAAAAACCCCCAAAAUCAAGCGUUUUCGGUCUGACGACCCUAUAUCUUGGUAUGGCAUUCUGGUACCGCCAUCUUUGAGAACUGCGCAAACAUCUUUCACGGAAUCUGUCAACAGCGACAUACCGCAGCUUGUCACGACAAUAAACGAGAUAAAGCAGAUUGAGAGCCUCAUAUAUCGUUUGCGAAAGGAUAUAGAGGCCGCCUAG